UCUAUGCUACAUAUUAUUAUUUUUACUCUGGGAACGCAUUAUGGAUGAACGUAGUGACUCCAGGUAGUAUGAAUGAACUCUGCUCUGGUGGCGGGCGGUGCGAUGGUAAAGACGAGAUGAUAGGAUCAUCUCAAACUAUUCCUCAGAGCACUCCGCUAGGCACAUUGUACUAGGCUGCACUAAAAGUAUCGGGAAUGGAAUAUUUCCACUGUUCCUGUCAUAUUAAAAUCUUUUAAUUGAAAACUCCUUGGUUUUAAAAAUCGAAUACCAUUUAUUUAUUUAAAAAAAGAUUCUCGGUCUUGUCACGAGGUUUUGUCAAACUUGUUUAGUCGUUGAGAAAAUGGAAUUGACUCGAGAAAAUUCAAGAGCGAUGAUUUAUUAUGACUUUCGAAGUGGUUUAACACAAAAACAGUGUGUUGACCGGAUGAUUUCUGCAUUUGGUGAUGAAGCCCCAUCCAAAACCACAAUUUAUCGCUGGUUUGCUGAGUUUCAACGUGGACGUGUCAAGCUCAGUGAUGAUCCCCGUCAAGGUCGUCCAAAAACUGCAGUCACCCAAGAAAACGUUGAUGCUGUGCGUAAGCUGAUUGAGGAAGAUCGACAUGUGACAUACCGCGAAAUUCAGGCAACUUUAGACAUUGGCAUGAGUCAAAUACAAAUAAUCUUGCAUGAACAAUUAGGUGUAAAAAAGUUGUUUUCCCGAUGGAUACCGCAUUCGCUCUGUGAAGAGCAAAAAGCGGCUCGCGUUACUUGGUGCGUCAGAACUCUCCAAAGAUUCCACGCAGGAUCCUCAAAUGCUGUAUACAACAUUGUAUCAGGUGACGAAUCCUGGAUAUACGCGUACGAACCCGAAACAAAAAACCAGUCACGAGUUUGGGUGUUCGAAAAUGAGUUAAAGCCAACAAAAAUUGUUCGUUCACGGAGUGUUGCAAAAAAAAUGGUGGCCACGUUUGUCUCCAAAACUGGCCAUGUUACGACUAUUCCUCUUGAGGGACAAAGAACGGUUAAUGCAGAAUGGUAUGCUAGCAUUUAUUUGCCACAGGUCGUUUCUGAACUCCGUAAAGAGAACUGCAACCGCCGCAUCAUCCUCCAUCACGACAAUGCGAGUUCUCACACCGCGCACAGAACAAAAGAGUUUUUAGAGCAAGAAAACAUAGAAUUAUUAGACCAUCCGCCGUACAGCCCCGACCUAAGCCCUAAUGAUUUCUAUACUUUCCCUAAAAUAAAGAAUAAAUUGCGUGGACAGAGAUUUUCAUCACCUGAAGAAGCUGUGGACGCCUACAAAACGGCCAUUUUGGAGACCCCAACUUCCGAAUGGAAUGGUUGCUUCAAUGAUUGGUUCCAUCGUAUGGAAAAUGUGUUAAAUUUCGCGGAGAGUACUUCUAAAAGCAAUAAAUACAUUUUUAAAUAGUAAUGUUGUGUCACUUCGUUAAUUCCCGAAAUUUUCAGUGCCGCCCUCGUAAGCGAAAACAAUAACAACAUUACGAAAAAUCUACGACUCGAUAACCCCGGUCCACUUCAGACCAGUCCUUAUCAAAAUGCGAUACUAAAUUUUAAAUUUCAAUGUCGCAUAUAUCAUUUCAUCAAAAUGAAGCGAGCUGCGACGGUUGGCUUCGUUGUAGUGCUAAUCGUGAGCAUUUCCAUCCAAGAUGUCGCAGCAGUCAGUGUAUACAGAAGGUCCAUAAAAGACACAAACGACUUAAACAGAGACCUACAAGCCACAGGAAGGAGGAUAUUAAAAAAUGAAAAAGCUUCGCCGCCGCGUGGCGUCGACAUCCACAAACGUGACGAAAGCAAAUUAAAAACAAUUCCGAGUACCGCAUCAACACUUCGGAUACCUGACCAACAGGAUUUAGAACACCCGACAAAAGCACAACAGAGAAAGGAAACAGAAGUCGUGGACAGUGCAAAUAAUAAUUUGUUUGAUGGCGUCUCGCUGUUUGUUGGCGACGGCUGUCCUGCUGGCUACGACAGAGCCUUCGACGGUACCUGCCAGCCGAUCAUUGAAUGACACGUCAAUGAUGUACGUACACAUUCAGCAAACUGACAAAGAAAAACAUUAAAUACAAAAGUAAAACAGGGUAUUUUAAUUAUGUAAUGUGUUUCAAAACUUAGUUUAAGAAUUAGGUCAUUAAUGAAGAUUUAUAGAAAGAGUAUACAAUAUUUACAAGUUAAAAUUAUUCUUCUCUCUUAUCUACAUCUGUCAUUUUUGCUUUGCUUUAAACACUAAAAUUAUUUAAAUAAUUAUAUUUAAGUAACUGUA